CUUAGCAACAGCAUAGCGAUCCUGAGGGAGCGGAAAAAACUGGAAAGAGAAAUAAAUAAUCGACGGUGUGCUCACAAGCUGCUUUUGUUGCGAAAUGCCAAUUUUCAAAGUGCCAGUUGUUCAGAGCUUUGGGAUUGUGUCCCAGAGUCAUCAGAUUGAACUGCAAAACAGACUGUUACAAAAGGUUCAGGAAAUUGAAGAGUCCUCAAAGAAAAAGGAUUCAUCACAAAGGAACCCAAUUGAGAUUACUGAGGAAUUUAUCCAGCAGUUUCAGAAUGCAAAGGAAGGUUCUGAACAGAUAUAUUACGUCGACUUAGCCAUGAAGAUGUUAAAUAGAUGCAAGCGCAGAGCCGGUAUUAGUACACUUGGUGUUGGAGAGCACGUUGACCUUCCUCUUGCAUGGACAGAGCUGCUGUUGCUGGCAUUAUGUAGAGGCAGAAUACAACAAGAGGCUUUGGACAUUCUUGCACUGUCUCUGGAUCAUGCACCAAUAAGCCCAGAGCAGCUGCUUGUUCUCCUCUGUGCGGCGGAGACCGUUCUCUACUGGGUUUGCAGCAGCACUGCAGAGAAGCCAUUCCUGGGCACUGACGAAAUCAAGAUAUUAAAGCUUGGUUACUUUGUCUUCCUAAGACUUCUCAUUUUGCAUUUGGCUGGACACCAAGAUGGAUUUCAAAACAAUCGACACAGCCUACUUAAUUACUUACAAGCUCUUGCCGGCUGUGAAGCUUCUUAUCAGCAUUUUCCAAACAUCCUUUUUGUGGUGCAGUUCAUUUUAAAGACUGGGAAAAUCAUCUGUGGACUGGACCCAGUUUAUACAAACCAAGGAGGGGAAACUAAAUUAUGGGAGCAGUGUCCUACGGGAAGUGGCCCUGUGAACACCAGACAACCAGAACAGAACAAAUAUGAAGUCAGCCAAAUCCAAUGGCAUUCCGUUCUUGCCUGGUGCUGUGUUCAGAAAAACACUGUCCAGCUUCAAGACGUGCUGCACCAUUUGCUUUCACAACAAGAUGAGCUUCACCAAGAAAACUGGAUCAGUUCCUUGAUGGGACUUAUGGUGCUCGGAGACGCUGCAAAGAGAAAUUUAUCUUGCCUUCAUGCCUUUUUGGAUCUGAGUUUAGAUGUUUUUGAAAAGAGUUCAGACUCCAGCCAGCAUCUGCAUGUGCCAAUACGAAGAGGUUUAUCAGCCUGGCCUUGGCAACUGAUCUAUGUCUAUAGCACCACAUUAACAGAGAUUUGCUUGAAUGGAUGUAGCUCAGAAAUACAGAAGACUGCUUUAGUUGGCAAGAGGCCGUGUACACAGAAAAAUGACUUGAACCAGUCAGGACUGCUUUGGCUUUUAAACUGGAAGUCUUUGCCAAACGUCAAUGAAGAAAAAACAUGGUAUAUACGUUACAGUGCUGUAUAUUGCCUGGAAUUACUUUGCCAACGACUACAAGGUGAUACAACAAGAGAGGGCCUGAGAAAUGCAGCCUGGAAAUCCCUUCAGAGCCACCUGAGUAAAGAAAAGGAUUGCCGCGUGUUAGAAGCGACUGAAUUGGUCAAGGCUGAAAUCAGUGUGCCCAAGACUUCAUUCUUUAAUGUGAAUGCGAAGCCUCCAUCAAGUUCUGAUCACAGCAGGCCAUCACAGCAUGUGAGCUGGAGGGUUGCCGACAUGCUUUCCAGACUCUUCUUCCCGCCUGCUGAUCCCCAUCUCAUUGUCUUGAUAAGGCCGAAAAAGCAAAUGUCUCCUCCCAGGGCUCCACUUUCUAAGCAGCCAGCUGUAAAACGGAAAGUGACACGUCUCUCCCUCAGUCAAGAAAUUCUGCUGGCUGAAGCUGCACAUGAGCCUCUGCCUACUUUCAACCAGAAGACUGAAUGUGAUCUCAUGAAGAUGAUAGAUGAUCAGUGGAAAAAGGAGUUGCAUAUAACAAUGGAGGAAGAGGCACUUAAGGAAAAGGAGGAGUUGGAAGAAAAGCAAAAAAAUGAAGAAGAAUGUUUGAAGAGCAUCAUGAGAAGAAGAGAGGAAAAAUUGGGAAAGAAGACCAAACCAUAUGAGCUUCACUUUGAAGCUGUAACAACUGAAAAAUGAGGGCCUGACGCACACCACAUCGAUUGUACAUAGACUGAGGAAGGGGCUGUGCGUCCACAUUGGGGGCUUUACUCUUGCCAUUCUGGACUGCAGGCUGUCUUUGUAUGGGUGCUCUGUUGUCUGAUUGCCAAGCUAAACAUUAUGUGUUACCACAAAAGCUCUGGAUUUCAAGCUGCAUUAAAAAUGCUGA